AAAAAAGAGCAGCUAUGUUCGCGGGAGUAUAAAGGCGUGCGCACGCGCGAUGGGAGGAGCGUGAGAAGAGCGGUUGUCAUGGCUGGUGGGAGAAAAGCAGCGGACACCACUUGAUGGAAGUGUGAAGAGCGAGUGAAGCGAGAAGAAGAACUAAUUUAAUAAAAUAAUAAUAAUAAAAAUUAAACAGUCAAUCCAAGCCUGCUUCAGAGUUUCCACAGAAGGGAAGAAAGUAGAAGAUAACGACACGGAUUGGAGUUCCAAUUGCAGAGUGGAGUGUGCAGAUCUCGUCUCCAUAUGGUUUCGAUCCAAUCCUUGUUAUGAUCAUCCAUCGCCGGUGCCGCCACCACAACCGCAACCGCAGCCGCCAGCACCGACGACAUUAGCCCUGUCCGCCGCCGCACAUGGGCGAGCAAACGCAAACUCAAACUCAAACUCAAACUCAAACGCAGGCUCAGCUCCACCAUGACGCCACCGCCACUGCCACGGCCUCCGCCGCAGUAGCCUCGCAGCCCCUUACGACAGCCGCUGGAUUAGGCAAUGCUCCUCCUCAAAACCCCUCUCCCUCCGCCAAACUCCCCUUCCGUCCGCGGAAGAUUCGGAAGGUCUCUCCCGACGCCUCCGACGGCAAAUCCACGCAGAACGGCGCCGCUGGAAGCCAUAGAACCGCCACCAAAAACAAAAUCGUUCCGCAUCGAGCUCCCCCGCCGACGAGAAUCGUGGCGAGAUCGUUGUCUUGCGAAGGCGAAAUCGACAUCGCCCUCCGCCAUCUCCGGAACUCCGAUCCACAACUUGCUCGCCUGAUCAGCCUCCACCAGCCUCCUUCUUUCGACGCUUUCCACACCCCGUUCCUUGCCCUAACCAAAAGCAUUCUCUACCAACAGCUUGCGUACAAGGCUGGCACGUCUAUCUACACGCGCUUUGUCGCGCUCUGCGGCGGUGAGGCCGGUGUUCUUCCGGAGACAGUUCUUGCCCUAACUCCUCACCAGCUCCGUCAAAUUGGCGUUUCCGGCCGUAAGGCCAGUUACCUCCACGACCUCGCAAGAAAGUACCAAAGUGGGAUCCUAUCAGAUUCUUCGAUUGUAGAAAUGGAUGAUAAAUCGCUUUUCACAAUGCUCACAAUGGUUAAUGGCAUUGGUUCUUGGUCUGUUCAUAUGUUCAUGAUUUUCUCAUUGCACAGACCGGAUGUCCUUCCUGUUGGCGAUCUUGGCGUCCGCAAGGGUGUGCAGUUCCUUAAUGGUCUGGAGGAGUUGCCUCGGCCUUCACAGAUGGAGCAAUUGUGUGAGAAAUGGAGACCAUACCGGUCUGUUGCGUCGUGGUACUUGUGGAGGUUUGUUGAAGCAAAGGGUGCGCCUUCAAGUGCCACAGCAGUAGCAGCUGUUGCAAGUUUGCAGCAGCAACACCAGGAGGAGCAGCAUCAGCAACAGCAGCAGCAGCAGCCACAGCUUAUUGAUCCAAUCAAUAGUAUUCUUAACCUUGGGGCCUGUGCUUGGGGACAGUGAGUGUGUCAUACUGAGAAGUGUGGUGUUUCAUUCAUUCAUGUGUAUCUGACAUCAUCCAGCAUGAGUGGCAUGAUUCAAAGGAGUGCAGGACAGUAAUUCAUGUAGAUGUGGAAUCGACGGAUGAGGCCUCUACCGAUGAGCAUUGGUCUGGUCAAUCUGUUUUUUGGUUUGAAUAAAGUAUAUUCCUUCCUUUUAAGGUCUAGUGUUGCCAGUUUUAAAUUAUUGCCCCUCUCUUCUAGGGCCAUCCAAAACUGCACCGUUUCAUUGUCUUGUCAAUCCAAUGCAGUAUGUAUGGUUUGUCUAAA